AUGGAACCGACCAAGACUUCCGAUCAAGCCCGCGAGCAGGAUAGCUCGGCAUCGCGCCGCACCAACAUCAUCAGGAACAGCGAAGCCGUGGCUAAGGCCUUUGGCUACAGCGCCGACGAGUUCGCAAACAUCCCCUGUGUUGCUUUCUACCACAGGAAACUCGGCAACCCUGUGGCCGUUGCCAGCCUGAAGGAGGGCGAAACACUCAUCGACCUGGGCACGGGCCUGGGCUUCGACGUCUUCCGGGCCGCCACCAAGGUCGGCCCUUCGGGCCGUGCAAUUGGCGUCGACAAAGAUAAGCGCGCCAAGUUCGCCCAGCUCAUGGCCCCCGGCAACAUCACCUUCAUCCAGGCCAACAUGAUCUCCGUGCCCCUGCCCUCCGGCACGGCAGACUGCGUCAUGGUGAACGCCGCCCUCAACAUGGUCCCGAAGCGCGACAGGCUCACCAUCUUUCGUGAAAUGUAUCGUCUCCUGAAGCCGGGAGGGCGGGCCGCCCUGUUUGAUGCCUUUGCCAGGGAGCGUGUGCCUAUGAAAUUGGCGAAGAGGGCCGAGCACGAUAGCACCAUUGCGAAGAUGCACGGGGUGGGCGAAAUUGAGGCGUUGUUGAAGGAGGCGGGGUUCGCUGAGGUGUUGAUUGUUGAUACCAAGGAUGGCAAGUUCGGUGACUACGAUGAGUCAGAGCCGGAGUCGGAGAGUGAUUCGGACAACUUCACUCCACGCCCCCGAACGAACUCCUAUUAG